CUGUAAUUACCAGAGUUUAUAAAUGUGCAGGGUGUCAUAUAUGUAUUACAGGGUUCAGAAAGUAUGGUGGUGUCGUAGUGAACAAUAAUGUCAGAUCCCUCUGCGUUAGACCCGAUUAGUUCUAAGUGAAAGUGAAAAUGUAAUGGCCAUGUCAAGUAACUUUCAGUUCAAGUCCUGGAAUUACCCCCGCUCUGAAAUGAAAUGCAAAAGCACAUAUUACGUCCUCUCACAGUGAAUUCGAGAAGAGAAAGGAAGACGAGCUGACAUUUUUUCUGUUGGGACUGACUUAUGAUUAAAAGCCUCUGAGGACAGUUGAUAAUGAGUGGCUCACUCCUGCUUGCACAGUCUGUUCUUCCAACCCCACUGAAGUGCCCCAGUUGCCACCAGGCUGGGGCCAGAAAGGUCAAAGGUCAGUGUGCUGUGUGUAAGCGCUGCUCCGAGACCCUGCGCCGUGUCUACCAGUUCUGCUGGGCCUGUGGGAGGGAGUGGCACCAGUCAGGAGGAACCCUGGAGGGCCAAGGGGUCCAUUUUUCCUGCCCUCUGCCAGGCUGUGCCCUCAGGGCUGCCCUCCUCUCCCCAGAGGUCAUUGUUGAUCCAAGCAGUUCAGCCCAGGGAUGCCCCUUCUUCAGGGCCUGUCCUCACUGUAAGGCCAUCCUCACUCACACUGGAGAGGGAUGCCCCAAUAUCAUCUGUCCACACUGCCAAAAGGAGUUCUGCUUCCGCUGCUUGAAGAAGGAGUGCUGUGAUUAUGAAGAGGAAGAUGAUGAUGAUGAUGAUGAUGAUGAUGAUGAUUUUGAGUAUCCUUUACCAUGCACUGUGGUGGAUAACAGUCAGUCUCUCAGAGAGUUGGAACUGUAGGGGCUAUGCAACGGUCUGUAGAACAUAAUUUACGGCCUCAUUCAUUACCACUUGCAUAACGAAAUCAUCUUGAUUGUAGUUACUAUUGGAAUUAUUACAUUAGUUCUAUGAUACAAAGACAUCAUAUUGCUAUGCUGCAUUGCUUCUGUAUAGUUAAAUGCAAUAAAGCCAGAAGUUAUCAUUUGUGUUUUCACACCAGUGGCGUGUAUUCAUGGAUGCCAAGGGAAGCCAGGCUUCCCCCCCAAAAAAAUUCUAAGAAAUAAACAUAUAAAAUCGUC